GAGUGCAUGUGUUUUUAUUUGUGGUGCCUUUUAUAAUACGAAUAAAGUCCAAGCGUCGUAUAAUUUGUAAAUUAUUUCGGAAAGACCACAAUGGAAUCAAACAACGAAACAUAUCUUGGAUUCGAUCUCAGCACACAGAAGUUAAAAGCUGUGCUCCUUAACUUCAAGCUGGACAACAUCGCACAUGCAGAGGUCAUGUUUGAUUCAGAUUUGCCAGAGUUCCGAACGGUUGGUGGAGUGAAUGCCGGAAGGACAAAGAAUGAGUUCUAUGUUCAUCCAGUAAUGUGGAUAAAGGCCGUCGAUAUGGUUCUGGAUCGUAUUAUAAUGCAAGGAGCUGACCUUAGUACUGUAGUUGCUCUCAGUGGUUCUGCACAACAGCAUGGUUGCUUGUUUUGGUCACGGGCUGGAAUAGAAUCGCUUCGUAAUUUAGAUGCUGACAAAUUUCUACACACACAAAUUGAUGAUUCUGCUUUUACCAUUCAUCGCACACCAAUCUGGAUGGAUGGCACGACAAGUCUUCAGUGCGAGGAAAUGGAGACAGCUGUUGGAGGGCGAGAAAAAAUGGUGGAAAUAACGGGUUCUAAGUGCUAUGAGCGAUUUUCCGGGCCACAAAUUCGUAAAAUAUUUCAAAACCGUCCAGACUGCUAUCGAAAUACUGAGCGAAUUUCGCUUGUUAGCAGUUUCUUAGCAUCUAUUUUUCUUGGCGACGUCGCUCCUAUUGACUGCGCUGAUGGUUCUGGAAUGAAUUUGCUAGAUAUACAAUCCCAAGAUUGGUCCGAUAUAUGCUUAAACGCAUGUGCUCCCGGACUAUAUGCCAAACUUGACAAACCUGCGCCAACUAGCAGCGUAAUUGGAAAUAUUGGCUCUUUUUUUGUGAAGCGAUACAAUUUUAACGCAACAUGUGAAGUAGUUACAUUUACUGGAGAUAAUUUGUCUGCAUUAGCCGGUAUGAAUGUAGGCCAUGAUUGGUUGGCAUUAUCUCUAGGUACAAGUGAUACGGUUAUGAUGAAGUUGAAUUCUCCUUCAAAUUUUUCUGAGGGACAUGUUCUUGUUCAUCCAACUGAUGAAGGUUACAUGGGUAUGUUAUGUUUCAGAAAUGGUUCACUUGUACGUGAAAUUUUCAAGCACGAAGAGGCGAAUGAUUCCUGGGAACAAUUCAAUGAGCUGCUUGAUUCAACUCCCAGAGGCAAUUUUGGAAACAUAGCGCUUCAUUUCAUAUCAAAAGAAAUUUUGCCACCAGUGAAAGGUACACUUCGUUGGAACAAAACGUCAUCUCUUCAAAAUGCUGAAAAAGCCAAAGGAGUGCUUAAAUAUAGUUCACCACAGUCAGAGAUUAGAGCACUUAUAGAAGGGCAGAUGCUAACGAGGAAGUCAUAUGCUUCCGAAAUGGGCUUCAGUUUCGAAGAAAAAACUAAAAUCCUUGCAACUGGUGGGGCAUCAGCAAAUCAUUCAAUACUUCAAGUGAUUUCGGACGUCUUUAAUGCUCAGGUCUAUACGCAGAAAACAACUGAAGCUGCUUUGCUUGGAGCAGCAUAUCGUGCCAAAUACGUAUUAUCUGUGCACCGAGCAAAGGCGUCUGCUAUUGUUGAUAACAAGUUAUCAAUUCCUACGUACUAUGAUUUCAUCGCCAAAUUUCAUCAGCAUUCGCCAUUGCAUGUAUGUGAUCCUAGCAAGGAUAGCGAAGAAAUUUAUGGACCAAUGAUAAAACGGUACAAAGAAAUGGUUAGCUAUAUGAUGAAACAUCAAGUAUGAUUGAACAAAUUUAAAGUUCAAAAGUUGUACAUUCCAAUCGCCUUUUAUGCAUCAAGAGUGACUUGUAAUCUAUUAACUGUUAUAUUUUAUUUUACUUUUUCUUGCUUUACGAGUUUAUCCAAUGUUAUUUAUAACGCAAUUUAUAUUGCCUUUUUUGAAUAUUUUGUAUUUUACUACAAUUUGAUUGAACUAAAAUAAUUUAUCAUUGGUCCUAUUAUAUUAAAACAGCAGUAUGAGAUACUAAAACAUUUGUUGUCUUAUGACUUUUUUCCAUUUUUGUAAUUGUAGCGUUUAUUCAGUCGAAGGUUGACUGAAGGUUGGAUUGAUCAAUGCUCAUGAAUAAAACGAGAAAAAAAUAAAAUGACGAUGUUCAACAUAA